CUUGUUUACUGAGGCUGAAGCAGAGUGGUGGGGUUUGAAUCAACCGAAAAUUCAGGAUUUUGCUCUGUAUCCGUCCAUGUACGACACUUCCGGGACACUCCCGCUCACAAAGCAAACACACAACGCAGCACACAGCUCCUUAUUGGUGGAGCGGGCGCAAAGCUUCUGUUCACAGAUAACAGGGUGAGAGCCCGUGGCUAGCCAGUCAGCCAACAAUGGAAGGGGGAAGCAGGGUUUCAUGGUUGAAAUAUGGGCCUUUUGUGUCCGUACUCGUGGUUCUUUUGGCCCUGUGGUUCCGGUCACCCCAGAAUGUAAUACUGGACGACCGUUUGGACACCGUUUUGUCCUCGCUUCUCCGGGCUGAACGCAAAGUCGGAAUGAAUAACGUCGCCAGACCUAAAGUGGCUGUCGGUUUUGGAGGUUGUGUUGAUCUGAUAGUGGACGGGGUAUCUUUACUGAAUAAGAUCGGUCUCUCUCCGACGGACCAGCCCCAUCAUCAUGACUACAUAGACAAUGAAGUGCAGCUGGCUGAGAGCUUUGCCUACUUCUUUGCACCUGGAGCUGCUGCAGAGCGAUAUAUGCUAAACGAAACCCUAUUCAGUGAGCUGGUUGAAGCGUCUCGUGACUUACCUGGAAACAGAUGGGCAGUAGGUGGCAAUGCCCCAGUAAUGGCUGGUCGCAUGGCAACAGAGGGAUGUGAUGUGUUGCUAGGGGGAAGUUUCAGCCCUGAUUUUACCGAUGUCCUGUCCCAGCGCAUUACAGUGGCGGGUAACGUAGUAGAAGAGCCAGACAUUCAUCUGAUCCUGGAGUAUCCAUCUGGUGCUCGCUGGGGUCAGUAUACAGCACGCAGAGCCAACAGAUAUAUCGUGCACAGUGAUGACCAUAACCCCUACCUGGCCUCCAUGGAGGAGUUUGCUGAGAAACUUGGAGAUUUCAAACCAGAUCUGCUGGUGGUGGGUGGGCUGCAAAUGAUGGAUAACUUCCCCUUCCAGUCGGGUGAGAGGGAUGCGCUCCUUUCCCGCCUGGCCGACCUCCUGUUGUCCUCGUCUCCACAGAUUGGGGUCCAUUUUGAGAUGGCCAGUUUUGUCGAAGAGAGUAUAAUGCAAGACUUACUUCAAUAUGUCAUCCCACAUGCGGACUCUUUAGGGAUGAAUGAACAGGAGCUUCCCAACCUGCUCAGUCUACUUAAAGGCUCCAACAUCACUGUGUUGUCAGACCCAAAUCCUCGUGUAGCCACUGUCCUCGACCAGAUGAGGGAGGUCUAUCGGUUUCUGAACCAGCGCUACAAGGAUGCCAUUGCAGAGAGCAACACAAACGAUGUUAAAAUUAAGCCGCUGACUCGGCUCCAUGUCCACACUCUGGCCUUUCAGGCCAUCAUUGUGACACAUGGCUCCCAGUGGAAGAACACCAUGUCUGCCACCGCCAAGGCUUCUCUCACCGCUAACCGCCAUGUCUGUGGCUCUAAUGACAUUGACCCCAGCAAGGCUAGGCUCAUCAUGGAUGACUCGUUCUCCGUUAGCCGGCAAGAGGGCAGCCAGCGUAUCCCUCUGCAAGAGUCCAGGCCCGUCAGCUGCUGGGAUGAGGACGACUACGAGAUCUGUGUAGCUCCAGUGCUAGUGUGCACUGAGGUUUACCAGACCGCAGGUGGAGGGGACAACAUUUCAGCUGCUGGCCUGGUGCUGCAGAUCUAGAGAGCAACACCUUAUGGUUCAUUUGUGUGUAGUGCCAACUACAUGUUGGCUAACAGUGUGACUCAGGAGACUUGAUCUAGUUAUGAUACAAAGUAGCUGGUGUGGAAAGCAUUUGUACUGGAAUAUAUCAGGCUAAUGCUGCCACUCUUGCAGCUCAUGGCCCAGGUGGACCAUAAGAAAAACAGAUGAUCAUAGGAGGAGUCAGAUGAUGGUGUACAGUGGUUAUUAAUCAGGUUUGAUCAUCACAUUUUAAACAUAUGGGUUCAGUUUUGAUUUUUUUUUUUUUUAGGUGAUUAUCUCACUCACAAGAAGCAGGAUGUUGGUACUAGCCUACCAUUGGCUAGUUAUUGUGUAUUCUGCAUUCGCUUCCUCUUCAAAGUCCCUGUCAAUAUGUGAAAAAACAACAACAACCUCAGAGUUAGCAAGGCAGGCCUGCUUGACUCUUUUGCAGGGACUUUCCAUUUCAACACCAGGGCUCACCUCCCCACAUGCAAAUGUAAAGAUUAAGCAGAGUCUAUUUGAACCAACUUUCUUCAGUUAAUUAGUAUGAGCGCCUCAUCACUGAUUUCAUCCCUCUUGCGUCAACAUUGUGUAAAUAAUAUGUAUAUGCAAAGCCCUGUUACAUGCAGUUCAUAUGAUUUUUAGAGCCAAAAUUAGAAGGAGAGACAGUCCUGCUGUGUUCUACUUGGAUUCACCACAUCCUACAUCUUUGCCAAGUCACUGUAGCCCAUCAUCUGACUUCUAUCCUCCAAGAUCUUACAAGACUUGGCCUUCAGUCAGGAUGAGAUAAAGAAGGAUGAGGUUUGAAUAAAGUCACAAACACAGCUUGUUUUUAUAGAGCCACACUACAGCGUAGCCUGUGGCAUGGUAUUUUAGAAAUGUGGAAGUUUGACAAAUCUGCGUUUUCUGCUGCAGGAUAAAUUUGCCUUGUGUUUAUUUUAACAUGUGGCUCCACUAUGCAACAAACUUAUACACAAAGUUGUGUAAUUAUUGAAAUAGAUGAUUUUUUUGUUUCUUGGAAGCAUAUUUUUUUAGGUGCUGUCACCUAAUUAAAAUUUACAGUUUGAAAAAGUAAACAGGGCUUUGACCUCUGCUGUGUAGCGAAUGUAUUUCCUGGAGGGCCAACCUAAAUCUGUCUGGUCACUUCUGAACCCUUUUAAAAGAGAAGGCCCUCUCCUGCCUCCUCCCUCUCCUAUCACAUUCUCAAAGGCAAAGAGAGAUUUACAGUAGAAUACUAGUGAGGCGAUCACUUUCCGUUCUUCCUAAUACAUGUGAAAAAAUGUAGUUUGGUUGAGUGGUUGAUUUGUUGUAAGACUGUCAUUCCUCUGUGUGUCAGUUGCAGUGUAAUAGUGCAAAAACAAUGUUAAGACACCACUGUUGGUAGCUGGGUAUGAUGUCAAAAAUGUCCUCUCUACCUCUGUGUUCUUUUUCUUUCUGUUUCUCUUUUUGGCCUCUUCUCAUGGACUUCAUUCCUCCAUGUUACUUGGUCCAAUUCUUCUAUAGUCUGUCAUAUUUCUUCCUUUCCACCUUUUGUAUGUCUAUUUAUGGCUUUGUUAAGGACCAAAUAACCAAUGUGGACUGCCACUGAUAAAGUUGCUGCAAAGGAGAAGUUACUGGCAGUCAGUUUGCACAUUCUCACAUGACAUGGCUGCAUACACAAUUUCAUGAUAAGAUUUUUUCCAAGAAAGAGUGGGUUAGCAACAUGAAAUUGUAAGCUUGACUUGAAGCCAUGGUGUUACUCACCACGAUGAAUCUGUGGGCUACACAGAAAAUGUAAUAUUUUAGUCUUCAUCUCACUUGCAUGAUUAAAAGCCAGAUUUCUUUGACUUGUCACAGCUGCUCAUAUGUCAAACCCAUUACUUUCCUUUCCUUAACCCAACAUUAGUGAAAAAAUGACCUCUAAAUGGCUAUCAACUCCCAUUUUACUUUUUUCAGGGUUGGAAUCACUUUUGUGACUGGACUUAAAUUGGAGUGAUACCAGCUCUGCUAUUUUUCUCAUUAUGUACAAAUCAAACACUCACAGACCCAGUUUGUUAUUUUUUUCCUUUCAGGAUGAACACAACAUGACAAGAACACGUCAACAUCAGUCAAGUAUAGCUGCUCGUUAAAGCCCAUUUUCACUGAGGAACACAUUUUUUCAUGUUACAAUGCAACAAGUAUGACAUUGAGAGAGAUAAAGAAGAACGUAAAGGUGAAGGAGUCCCUUUGAAUCUUUUCUCUGUGUAUCAAGACAUUAGUGGUUAACUGAAUAUGGAUUUGAUAAUGUUUAGGGUAAAUGAGCCUUAUUCUGUUUGUGACUUUUGGUGUUUAGCUACAAGGGAAUGUUUAAUACACACAUUUUCUACUACUAUAGGCUUAUGUUUUAUUUUGUAACACCUUCGUCUUACACAGUUGCAAACCAAAAGUAACGGGUGAUUGUUAUUUCUUUACUGUGAACUGAAACUGUUUAAACAUAUCUUCAGUGGUUUGUUGCCAUUUUGUUGUCAACAGAGCUGAUAGGAUUUUGGCUUGCUUGCACAAAAAAAUGCUAUCUUGUGCUCUUGGGAUAAUUCAUGUCAUCUCUGUGCUGUGUUAAACUGUUUCAUGCAUGAAAGAUAAAAUGCUAUGCUGAUAAAGUCA